AUGGGAUCGAAUCUGCUGCUGCUGCUGAGAAACAAAAGAAAAAACAUGCUUUUCUUGAUCGUACUUUUAUUCCUCUACCCCUUUUUGAAUGUUGCCGGUAUCAAUUUGACGUACAUAGUGAAAAAAGAACAGGAUGGUAUUCAUCCUAGCUGCAUAGCUGAGGACUUGGAAAGGUAUUCAGCCAUCGGGUGGAUUUAUCCUAUUCCAGAAUCUCCAGAAAAUUUGCCAGUUAUCACUACAAGGUUCAUUCCCACAAUAGAAAAUGACUACAAUUGCAAAUUUCAGAAAACAAGUUUAUGCACUACUCGCUGGGCCCUUAAAAAUUGGAAAAUUGACAAUAGGUCCCCGAAAACUAAAGAUUUAAUCACUGACACUAGAUGGGAAGAUUUUCCAACUAUUUUCAUUUCAAAUACGUCACAAGAAUUCUCAUAUAAAUUAGAGCUCGACAGUGCCUUCAAAACUGGGUUUUCCGUAAGAGCUAACGGUCUCGUGGAAAUUUUCAUUUGCUCUGGACCAAAUCCAUACGAAAAUUCUUGCCAUUACUUCCACAUUGACUUCAGGGAGAUAUAUUACAAGGUGUUCCAAGUCUUACCCAAAGAAAUGAAAGAAGAGUACAAAAAUAAUCAUUUGGAACAUUAUAAAGCAUACUCGAACAUUCUCUCUCAGGAUGAAUGGAGAAGCCUCAUUGUCAGUUCGGAUGGGAUUGGUCACAUUAAGCUCGCCGAUGCGAAUCUCAAUCGAACGCUGAUUGAACACAGAGAGAUGGAAUCGUUGACCCCUAUGUAUAUGUUCGUGAGGAGCGCCAAUAACAGCUUAUGGAAAAUACACCAAAAUGAGUUUCUCUUCACAAAUAGCACACAGACUUCAAGAUUGGGUCCUCAGUUGAGUUUCACAAGUAAAGAUCUAUGUGUUUCUCUUCUCGUAUCGACUUGCAGCAACUGUGAAAUGACAUUUUUUUAUAAGAGUGGAACGACACUGAAGAAAGUAGGCCCCACUAAGAAUGGUGACUGGACAGAAGUGAAACUCAAAGAUGAAAAUGUCGAAUUUGACUCUGUCAAUAUUUUUGUGGAGACAAAAUUUGUUGACGAUACUCAAAAAAUACCAGGCUUCUGGGCAAUCGAUGAUGUAAGAGUGUGCAACGAAAAUGAGGUUAAAAUAACUCGGCUGGAAUUCAACAAAAGGUCUGCGAAUUUGUCUGAUGAAAAUAUUUCUUGUCAGCUGGUGAGGAAACCAAGCUGGAAGCCAAAAAAAUUGACCUACAGUAACAUGAGAAAAUUCCCUGAUGAUGUUUCAAUUUCGAGCAAAGCGAGUUCUCUACUAUUAAAUUGGAAAGAAGAAGAUCCAGAAAAUCAAAUAACUUAUUUUAUAUCUUAUCAAGCAAAUUCCUUGAAUGAUACCAAAUGUACUAAAAAAGCGAAGGAUUUGAAUCGGCUGAAAUCGAAUGGCUUCGUUAGAACAAAUAUAAAUGAACUCAUUUUGGAAAAUCUGGUACCAUAUACUACUUACACUGUCAAUAUUUCAACUGCACUGCAUCCAAGAGACAAACUGCUGCUAGUCAGUACCCAACCAACAGUGGAACUAAGUCUGGAAGAAUUGCCGUCCAAUGUUGGAAUAAAACCAUCCCAGAAAUCUGUGAACGUUUCUUGGGACAAGGUUGAUUGUUCCAAAAAAUUCGGCGAUUUAUUCUAUCAAAUUGACGUGGGGCAAAAGGAGAUCAAAGUCGAAGAUUCAGGCAUGGACAUCAAUCAACAACGAAUAGAUGGUUUGGAACCGAACAAACGCUAUUUAUUCACUCUUUAUACUGCCAGAAGUGCACAAGGACAUUCUACUGCAUAUAAUCUGAAAUUUUCCACGUUACCAACAGUGGCGCCACCUGUAGAAAAUCUGGAACUCUACUCCAUCGACAAAUACUCGGCUUCGUUGCGAUACGAACUAACAGCCAAUCGCGAAGGAGUGGCCCAAGAAGUGCAGAUCAGCAGGUGCAACAGCCUCUCCUUCAAGAAGUGCAGGUCUUCGAUAUCGCCGGUCAGGCCCUGCACGCUGUGGCCAGGCAAGUACUGCGCCGAAGUCGAUUAUCUGAUACCAUAUCAGGCGUACUUGUUCAAGGUGGCUGUCAAAAACCACAAUACGCCGUCGUUCGGGAAAGAAGUUAGUGUCGAUGGUUUCGCCAAUGAUAGGGUUCCUGGUAAACCAACGAAUGUGGCUUACAAAAUGGUGGACUGUCACAUAGCAUUCGACUAUUGCAGUUUGAACAUAACAUGGCUGCAUCCGUACAACCAAAACGGCACUAUCACGUCCUUCGAAAUCAUCCUGAAUCACACCGACCACAGGAAAGACCCGGAAGACUUGAAAUUCGUACACGGAGUGUACAAAGUCGAUAAUAAAACUUAUUAUCGUGACUAUACUUAUCAGGUGAAGUCCCUACCGUACAGCACGUAUUACAAUCUCUACCUGAGGUCUGUCAACGAUGCCUACAAGAGCGAUUUCUUGGUAACCACCGUGAAAACCGACAGCCUCGGAGAGCACAUCGACCAAAGCCCGAAACUGAUCGCCAAGAGCGAGUCGACGCUCUUGUUCAAAAUUCCCUACAUCGACAGCAGGCUGCAGGAGUACACUUUGACUGUGGUCGUGCAGGAUUACAACAAGUCCAAGUCCAUCCAGCAGGAGAUAGCCAAGAACCGCAGGGUGUCGGAUAAUUUGUGUCAUUCGUACGGGAAUACGUGGGUUUCCCAAGUGAUUAAGGUACAGACUAAUGAGAGCAGGAAUGUUAUCAUUGGAGGUACGGCCAAUGAAAAACUGAACCCAUUGACCAAAUAUUGUCUGAUUUUUAUCAUCACAAACCAAUACAAAGGUUCAACACAUGAUGUGGUUUAUUAUGAAAGGCUUCAAAUGCCUGAAGCAGAAGUCAAACCUAAAGAAAAUGCAUCCAGCAACUCUUUCAAUCACUUGUACAUGCUGCUACUCUUGCUGUUAUUGGUUCCUGCUGGUUUUCUUCUCUACAGGUACCUGAGGAAGAAAAAUGUCUUGGCGAAGCCGGCAGAAGUCAAGGAAAACGUUUAUGAAUCAUUGCCAUAUGAUGAAUGCGAAUUGACUGAAACUCAGAGCGAUGUCAAAAAUCCCUCGUUCUCGAAUACCGAAUUGUGUUUUUCGUAA